AUGUCUUCAUUGUCGUUAUUAUUUGUACCCCGAAAUCGUAAAGUAGAAUUCGAAGUGGAAAUUAUAAUUCAUGAACUAACAGACGUUCCUCUGGUAACUGGACUUUACUAUGUAAAGUGGAAAUUAAGGAACAGUGAAAGACCUCAAGGAAUGACAGAGAGGGUAAUAAUAAAAGAUCAUCGUGUUUUUUGGAACUAUAGACUGCAUAAUACGACACAGCUUGUUAUUGGGAAGGAUGGAUUUCUAAUGCCGUGUGAACUAAGACUCACGAUAAAACAGGAAUUGAGUGGCGGUAGGGAAAUAAAUAAUAUCGGAAAGUUAUCGCUCAACAUAUCUGAAUACGUUGGACUUAAUGCGACGAACCGAAAAUAUCUACUUCAAGAUAGUAAGAUCAAUUCGACUCUUAAAUUGACAGUUAACAUGAAACAAACAUUUGGAGAUGUGGUCUUUAAAGUACCAGCUCUCAAAAGAACUCAAAUCUUUGGAGGUCUCACGGGAAUAAUAUUGGAACAAACAGAACGACAGGACGACGAAAGAUCAAGCCUAGGAUUAAGACCAGAUUUUGGACAUCAUUACAAAGCAUUUUCCCGAUCCACGACUUCGCUGAAAUCAGCAUAUUAUGCACAAUCAACCCAUAUUACCCCGAUAACAUCAUCUUUGGUGGCGAAUUCUUUCCUUCAGAAAGUUGGCGAAAAAUCAGCAACCGAUGUCGUCGAGGAGAUAUUUAUGGGAACCUUGAUAAUGCAUGAAGAUGAUGAUUACGAGGGAUCAUUCAUUCAUUCGGAUUCUGAUUAA